CAGUUCCAGUCAGUUCAGUGUCAAAUGUAAAUAAUCAUUACUGUUUUGAAUUAUGUUCUAUUUUUGUUUUUUUGCUUGAUUUUAUUUAUUUCAAUAAGAUUUCCGUAUUUAUUAUCUUAGAAAACAUCACAAACUCCUUUGAAUACUGGAAAAAAUAACAAGUUCGUCGUCGUUAGCUAAUCUUUGCAAUAAUAUUUAAUUGGUGUCGUUACUGUUUCCACUAAUUAUUUUGGUUAGAUAUUAUUAUUGAAUAGAUAGACAUUCGCCUUAUCGCUUAUAAUUUGUAUCAAAUAUUUGAUUAUUGCCAAGCACAGAAAUCUGUUUAUUAUUUGUGUAAAGUAAUAUUAGUUUGCAGUGUUACAAUGGCAUAUUAUGAUGAUUUAACUAAAGAUAAUGAUAAACUAAAGUGUACUUUGUGUAUGGAUAUUAUACCUGGUAACAAAACUUACAUUGAAGAACAUCUAAAUAGCGAUAAUCAUAAAGAUAGAAUUCUCCAAAGACUACUGAUAACAAAUGGUAUGGUUAUUUAUCACAAUGAUAUGCACUGUUUACUUUGUAAUGAAAAAAAUCUGCAGUUAAGUGUUGGACCUCAUAUACUUAGUUCUUGCCAUCAGAAGCAUUUGGAACAAAUUAAAGUAUUAGUUGAAGCUGAUGGUUCAUUUAUUGAAUUGCCAAAUGAUUUAAAUAGUAACAAAGUUCAUUGUUUAAUAUGUGAUGAUUAUUUUGCUUUCAAAAUGUGUGACAUUGAAGAUCAUAUUAAAAGAAAUACUCACAGACGAACUCGAGCAAUUGCAGUUCAACCAUUAAAUGGUAUAUUCUCAGUCAAUUGUUCUGAUGGGGACCUAUGGUGUAAGAUAUGCCCAACAUAUUUUGAAAACUACAUAGAAUGUAUAUUUGAACAUGUGGACAAUAAUAAGAAACAUAAAAUGGAACUUGGCAAGCUUUUGAGAUUGGUGGAAGGCCAAAAUAUAAACAUAGAGAAAUAUUUAAUUGAUCCUAGUGAGGAUAAAGCUAUGUGUGAGAAAUGUGAUACUAAAGUUCCAUGCAAUUUAGAUAAUCUGGAAAGACAUAUCAAAGGUGAAAGACACAGAAAGUAGUACUGUU